UGAAAAAUAAAGCCCCAGCGGAAGUACAGAUCACAGCAGAACAGCUCUUGAGAGAAGCGAAAGAGAGAGAACUUGAGCUUCUUCCGCCCCCUCCCCAACAGAAGAUCACUGAUGAGGAAGAGCUAAAUGAUUACAAGCUUCGGAAAAGGAAGACUUUUGAAGAUAACAUAAGAAAAAACAGAACUGUUAUCAGUAACUGGAUAAAGUACGCACAAUGGGAGGAAAGCCUCAAAGAAAUACAAAGAGCUCGUUCCAUCUACGAGCGUGCUUUGGACGUGGACUACAGAAAUGUCACUUUGUGGCUGAAGUAUGCAGAAAUGGAAAUGAAGAACCGCCAGGUUAAUCAUGCCCGCAACAUCUGGGAUCGAGCCAUCACCACUCUGCCCAGAGUCAACCAGUUCUGGUAUAAGUAUACGUACAUGGAAGAGAUGCUGGGAAAUAUUGCUGGAGCACGUCAGGUGUUUGAGCGCUGGAUGGAGUGGCAGCCAGAGGAACAAGCUUGGCAUUCCUAUAUUAACUUUGAGCUGAGAUACAAGGAGGUGGACAGGGCGCGCUCCAUUUAUGAGCAGUUUGUCAUUGUGCAUCCUGAUGUUAAGAACUGGAUCAAGUAUGCCCGCUUUGAAGAGAAGCACAGCUACUUUGCCCAUGCAAGAAAAGUAUAUGAGAGAGCAGUGGAGUUCUUUGGAGAAGAGCACAUGGAUGAGCAUUUGUAUGUGGCCUUUGCAAAAUUUGAGGAGAACCAGAAGGAAUUUGAGAGAGUGAGGGUGAUCUACAGAUAUGCCCUGGAUAGAAUUCCCAAACAGGAGGCCCAACAACUCUUCAAGAACUACACCAUCUUUGAGAAGAAGUUUGGGGACAGAAGGGGCAUUGAAGACAUCAUUGUCAGCAAAAGGAGAUUCCAGUAUGAAGAAGAAGUAAAGGCUAAUCCACACAACUAUGAUGCGUGGUUUGAUUACUUGCGGCUGGUUGAAAGUGAUGCGGAUGCUGAUACUGUGCGAGAAGUUUACGAGAGAGCCAUUGCCAAUGUUCCACCAAUCCAAGAGAAGCGACACUGGAAGAGAUACAUAUAUCUCUGGAUCAACUAUGCAUUGUAUGAAGAACUGGAGGCAAAGGACCCAGAACGAACUAGACAAGUAUAUCAAGCAUGUCUGGAGCUCAUUCCACACAAAAAGUUUACAUUUGCCAAAAUGUGGCUUCUCUGUGCACAGUUCGAAAUAAGGCAGAAGAAUCUUCCGUUUGCCAGAAAAGCUUUGGGAACUUCCAUAGGCAAAUGCCCAAAGAACAAGCUAUUUAAAGGUUAUAUCGAGCUGGAGCUACAACUGCGAGAGUUUGAUCGCUGCCGGAAGCUGUACGAAAAAUUCCUGGAGUUUACACCUGAAAACUGCACGUCAUGGAUUAAAUUUGCUGAGUUAGAGACAAUACUUGGUGACACCGACAGAGCCCGAGCAAUAUAUGAGUUGGCGAUUGGUCAACCCCGGCUAGACAUGCCAGAGGUUCUUUGGAAAUCCUAUAUUGACUUUGAAAUAGAGCAGGAAGAGUAUGAGAAAACAAGGAACCUUUAUCGAAGAUUACUGCAGCGGACACAGCAUGUCAAGGUAUGGAUCAGUUUUGCCCAGUUUGAGCUGUCUGCAAGAAAGGAUGAGCUGUCUGCAGGAAAGGAUGACAGCCUGUCAAGAUGCAGACAGGUCUAUGAAGAGGCUAAUAAGGCAAUGCGGAACUGUGAAGAGAAGGAAGAGAGGCUUAUGCUUUUGGAAUCCUGGAAAAGCUUUGAAGAGGAGUGUGGAACAGAUACCACUAAGGAGAGAGUAGAUAAACUGAUGCCAGAAAAAGUGAAGAAGAGAAGAAAAAUUCAGGCUGAAGAUGGGUCUGAUGCUGGCUGGGAAGAGUACUAUGAUUACAUCUUUCCAGAAGAUGCUGCCAACCAGCCCAACCUCAAGUUGCUUGCUAUGGCUAAACUUUGGAAGAAGCAGCAACAAGAAACCGAAGCUGAAGAGGUAGAUCCAGACAAAGACAUUGAUGAAAGCAGUUCCUAACACUUCUUCCAUUUGAACCCUCACCUCACUCCUUUUGCAUUUUUGUACAGUUAUUUCAUCAGUGAUGGGCUGAAUAAAAGUAACAGAAAAACUUUUUAA